AACAUAUGAUCAACCUAGGAAAUUUCGAAUUGCACUGCUAGGGUUCACUAAUACUUCACUUCUCCUGCUCACUCCCUCAGUCCAAACUAGAACAAAGUAUAAAAACCCAUUCUCCAAAUCGUACUGAAAAAUUCCAAAACUAUGAGGAGGGUUUUGUAUACAAGAAUCACAAAAUGUUGCAAUAAACAAACUAUAUUUCACAGACAUUAUUGCAAUUCUCAUCUUCCACAAAACAACCAAAUCUUGGUCCAAGAAAUCACCCAAAUUCUCAAAAACAAGAAGUGGAAAAAACUCAUUGAAUCCACAAACCUAAAAAUGAAGCUAAACCCAGAUGUAAUUCGCUCUGUUCUUCAGCAAAAUGAAUCGAGUAAUCUUGAACACCUUAUCAGUUUCUUCCAAUGGUCAAAACACAUAGUUGGUAUUCACCAAGAUUUGGAAAUUCACUCAUUUUUAGCUCUUCUUUUAUGUAGCAACAGUUUAUAUGGUCCUACUAAUACUGUUCUUGAAAAUGUGAUUAAAUUUGGUUUGCCCCCUUUAGAUGUUUUGAAAUCUAUUGAUGGUUGUUGUAAAGAAUCAAGAUUCAAAUUUGAUCAUGUGAUAUUUGGGUUGUUGAUGGAUAAGUAUAGAGAGAAAGGGUACUUGUUUGAAGCUGCUAGUGUUGUUUUUGCUCAUAAUUAUAAAGAUCUUGAUUGUAUGCCUAGCUUGUUUUAUUGUCAUCGUUUAUUGACGGAUUUGUUGAAAGCUAGUAACUUUAAAUUGUUUUGGCGAGUCUGUAAUGCUAUGCGUGAAGCAAAUGUUAGGUUUGAUGCCUUUACGUAUACGAGUAUGGUGGAUGCUCAUUGUAAGGAGGGGAAUGUUAGUGAUGCCAAGAAAGUGUUUGUUGAGAUGGAAGAGAAGGGUCUUCGUCCAAAUAUGUUAACCUACAAUUUUUUGAUGAAGGGGUUGUUUAGAACUGGUCAUGUGAAUGAGGCAAUUGAGCUUAAAAGGAGCAUGUUGGCAAAGUCGUUAGUCCCUAAUCUAUAUGUUUAUACCACAAUUAUUAAUGGUCUUUGUGCUGCGAAUAGAUUUAGAGAGGCGGUAAUGGUAUUAGCUGAGAUGACUGAGAUGGGAGUGAAGCCCGAUAGAGUUGUUUAUGGAGUUUUACUUGAUUGUUACUUGAAACAUGAUGAUGUGGAUGAGGCUUUUCAGUUGAAGGAUGCUAAAGGCGUUGAAUUAGCCCUCUGCAAUACACUUGUUCUUGGGCUCUGCAAGUGUGGUAAGAUGGAGAAGGCACAUGAAAUUGUGGAUGAGACGACUAGAGAAGGUAUCGAGCCUGAUUUGACAACUUAUACCUUGUUGAUUGAGGGACAUUGUCAAGGUGGCAAUGUCGAUACUGCUUUGAAGCUUCUUGAAGAAAUGAAGAAGAAAAAUCUGGCCCCUGUUGAGUCAAUCUAUUUUAUGAUAACUGAUUGUCUCUGCCGCAAUAAGGAUUUGGAUUCAGCUAUGUCUUCUCUUCAAGACUUAAUAACAAAGGAUGGGAAGCGAAAUGCUCCUACCUGGAGAACUUUGUUGAUGAAUUAUUCUCGUAAAGGCCACUUACAACAGUCGAGGAAGAUUUUAGAGGCAAUGCAUGAGCAGGGGAUUGAGCCAGCGACUCCCCAUUACAAUAUUCUUAUAAAGGGCCUCUGCGAGGCGCGGAAGAUGGAAGAUGCUCAAAGUUGCUUGGUUGAAAUGCUGGAUAGAGGCCUAAAACCUGACCAGGAUACUUAUGAAGCCUUCAUUAUUAGAUAUUGUGGAAAAGGGGAGUUGCAAAACGCAGAUAGGUACUUAUUUCAGAUGCUGCAUCAUGGGUUUAAGCCAAACAAAGCAAUUUUUAGUGCUUUGAUCAGUGCGAACUGCAAAAGUGGUAAGGUAAGUGAAGCCUUUGGGGUAUUUAGAAGGAUGCUUGCUUUGGAGGUUCUGGAAGUGCGUGGUGCCUAUCUUGCCCUCCUUCGUGCUCUCUUGGUGAACAAAAAAAUGCUAGAAGCAGCUGAAGUCAUUUCAGAACUUCAUGGCAAGAAUCUGGUUGCUGAUGUUUCCUCAUAUGAUGUUCUCGUCUGUUAUUUUGUUAAACACUCUGAGAUUGAAAAGGCCUUUACCCUUUAUGAGGAAUCACAAAACAGAGGUAUCCGUCCCAAAUUACACGCUCGCAAUCACUUGAUUGCUGGGCUGUUUAGAGCAGGUCAAAUCGAGAGAGCUAAAAUGAUAUUUGAUAUCAUCUUAAAAGAAGGUCCAAGACCAAAUAAAGUGACAUAUACUGCAAUGAUAUCUGGUUUUGCUGAAGUAGGACAGUUGUCUGAGGGAUUUGGCUUGUUUGACUCUAUGAAACUUAGGGGGCUGUCUCCAAGUAAGAUCAUUUAUAAUGCUCUUUUUGAUGGAUGCUGUAAGACUGGGAACUUGCAGAAAGCUCAGGACUUGCUUCAGGAAAUGGUGCAAAUGGGAAUAGCUUCUACUAAAGCUUUUAAUACAUUGAUUGAUGGAUUCCUGAAAAAUGGAAAUGUGCUGGAAACUAAGGAGUUGCUAAAAAAGAUGAUAGAGGGAUGUGUUGAACUUGAUCAGGACACAUAUACGAUGCUCAUUGAAGCUUUAUGCUUGGAUAGGGAGUAUGGUAAAGCAUUGGAACUUCUUCUUGAGAUGGGGGAGAAAGGGUUUGUGCUCAAUCAUUCAACUUGUAGUGCUAUAGGACGUAGUUUUUCACUGAAAGGUGAUACUGAUACAGACGAAGUAUGCCUGGUAAUCAAGGCUAUGACAAGAUUUGCUUGGAUAUCAGACUCCACUACUUUUUGUGAUUUACUUAAGGAUAGUAAAAUAGGUUCUGCAAUAACCAAUAAUGAUCAAAAUCAUUUGUCGGAGGAUGCAGAAAAUGUUUUGAAGCAAGUGGGUUGAAUGUUGAGCUUCACGAGGGCUUGUCACCAGUGAUGAACACAACUACUUAUAGGAAAGUUGAAGACAGCAAGAGCUUUCAGCAGGGGCAUAGCUACACAAGAAUCAUUUUAAUUCAGAGGCUUCUAGGCUAUUGGAUGGCAGCUUCGAGUACAUUAACAUGUUGAUCACUUCAUGAGGUCUACUACUGAACCUGUUAGCUCAGACAAGAAGGAUAUUUUUAGCCCACUCGGAGUCAAAGAGAGAGUUCGCUAAGCCAAGAGUAGUUUCAUAACAAAAAAGGAAAGUGAGAAUAGAUCUAACCUAGAAAUAUGUUUUCUUAUCUAACCUAGUAUUAUGUUUUCUUACUCUUCCUGAAGUUCAUAAAAGAAAGAAAGAAGGCUCCUUAUCCAUUAGCAAGUUCUUGUUGCAAUGUAUGUGCAUUAGUGCAAAGUGGUUCAACUUGAU